AUGUCGGAACGAAAAGUGCUCACAAAAUACUACCCGCCCGACUUUGAUCCUACAAAGAUCGGUCGCACUCCGAAACACCUCCGGCCAACAGGUCCGAAGACCAUUCCUGUUCGACUGAUGGCUCCUUUCAGUAUGAAAUGUACAUCUUGCGGCGAGUACAUCUACAAAGGCCGCAAAUUCAAUGCUCGAAAAGAAACGACCGACGAAAAGUAUCUCAACAUCACCAUCUAUCGCUUCUACAUUCGAUGCACACGUUGUAGCUCCGAAAUUACUUUCAAGACCGACCCCAAGAACAUGGACUACACCUGCGAAAGAGGGGCUAAGCGAAACUUUGAGUCAUGGCGAGACCCGGAGAGCACAGAGCUAAAAGAGACAGAUGAAGAACGCCUGGACAGGCUGGAGAGGGAAGAAGCAGAAGAGGCAGAGAAUGCCGAGAGGAAUGCAAUGGAAGAACUUGAGGAGAAAAUGGAAGAGAGCAAACGCGAGAUGCAGGUUGCUGAUGCCUUGGACGAGAUCAUGCAAAGAAACGCACGAAUCGAGCGAGGCGCAAAAGGAAGUAAAGAAGAGGAGAUCCUUGUCCAGUCCCGAGAUAUAGAACGAGAACAGAGAGAAGCGCAGGAGCGAGAGGAUGCCGAAGCUGCCCGUCGAGCCUUUGAGAGUAAUAAAGUGGCUCAGGCCAGACUGGAGCAAGCGACCGAGGCCCAGAUACAGAAUUCGAAGAAGACCGAAGAGGACACUACUCCACAGCCUCCACCUUCCUUUGAACGGGUUAAGAAGACGAAGAAACCUCUAGUCCCAGGACUCGUGCGAAAGCCUCAGGCAACAACAGCGGCGGCGGCACCGCCGACGACGACAACAACAACAACGACAUCGUCAGCCAAACCAAUUGGUCUGAACCUAGGUGAUUAUGAUUCGGACGAUGACUGA